AUGGAGAAUGCAGCGGAUAGUAAUCCAGACCCUGAUCAGGAUGAGCCUGCUGCUCAAGCGGAAAACCAGCCUCCUCCACCAGAGAUUAUAGAGCCUACUCCUGAACCCCCUGAGGACGUCUCAAAACAGAAAGAUGCAGAUUUAGCCGACCGUUCUCAUUUGAAACCCCCUGUUCGUACAAGCGGAGAAACUGCAACCCGUAGAGCAUCUAAAUUUCGCCGAAGUAACAGCGGAGUUCAGUCACUGCAGGAAACUCUGAAAGAAAAACAGGCACGAUACAAAGAAGCAAGAGAAGGCAGAAAAAUGAAAGUUAAUGCUGCAUAUAAAUAUAUCUUUGAAAUUUUAUCUGACCAACUUGGAUUAGACAUUGGAACAGUAGAAGAAUUAAUCCUGGAUGGCCCAACAUUACAAGCAUUUGAUAUGUUUUUUGCCAAAGACGGAAACAGAACACUGAAGUUUAUCUAUCAAGAGGGUGAAGCUCCUGGCAUAGAGUGUGGGAGAGCAAUUCCAGGUAUUCUGAAAGGAACUAAAAUGAUGAAAUUGUAUGUGCACGAAUCUCAUGACAAAUUCAAAGGACAGUGCUUAUUUUUUGUACGUGCUAGAAAUGACGUCCCUGUGAAUAUUAAGACAAUGAAUGAGGACAUAUAUUAUUCAUCAUUGGAUGGAAGUGAAGGUCUUUUGAUUGCCAUCAAAAAUUGCUUGGUAACAGUUUUUCUGCCUGCCAUUCUUGCCACAAGCAAUUGGGGUGCUUUAAAUCAGACCAAGCAAGGAGAACUUGAGAAACAAAAUUUCAUUGAAACCUUGAACAGAUAUUUGGCAUUUUUGGAUGGUGCUAGAGUGAGCAUCCAGGGAACUGUUCAACUGAAAAAAAUAGAUAGCAUUGACUUUUCCAAAUUCCAGUCUUUUGAGGAAGUGACAGCAGCAGCUGCCAAUCCAGAUAUUAUACAUCAAUUGGAGGAUGCACUUAUGAUAUGGUACAAGCAAAUUGAGCAAGUUUUGAUUGAGAGUGAACAGAUGAGAAAGGAAGCUGAUGACUCAGGUCCACUUACCGAAUUAGAGCACUGGAAGCGUAUGUCUGCCAAAUUUAAUUUUAUUAUUGAGCAGAUUAAAGGACAACCUUGCAAAGCUGUCAUAAAUGUUCUCAAUGUUUCACGUUCCAAAAUUAUAAAGCUGUGGCGAGAACUGGAUGCCAGAAUAACAGAUACAGCAAAUGAAUCCAAGGAUAAUGUUAGAUAUCUAUAUACACUUGAAAAAGUUUGUCAGCCACUCUACAAUUACGAUUUAGUUUCCAUGGCCCACGGAAUACAGAAUUUGAUUAAUGCUAUAAGAAUGAUUCAUAGUGUUUCCAGAUAUUACAAUACUUCUGAAAAAAUGACAUCUCUUUUUAUCAAAGUUACAAAUCAGAUGGUCACAGCAUGUAAAGCAUAUAUUACUGAUGGAGGGUUUAGCCGUGUAUGGGAACAGGGUACUCCAACAGUAAUUCAGAAAAUUAAGGACUGUAUUUUUUUGUUUAAAGAAUAUCAGAAAAGUUUUCAUAAAACAAGAAAACAAAUUUUGGAAACUUCAGGAGAGAAGACAUUCGAAGUAUCUGAGAUGUACAUUUUUGGCAAAUUCGAAGCUUUCUGUAAAAGACUAGAAAAAAUAACAGAGAUGAUUACGAUUGUUCAGACUUUUUCUGCACUGAGUAUGUCUACCAUUGAAGGAAUUGAUAUUAUGGCAAUUAAAUUCAAAAAUAUCUACCAAAGUGUUCAAAAGAAAAAAUAUGAUAUCCUUGACCCACGGAAAACAGAAUUUGAUGUAGACUUUGCAGAUUUCAUGACAAAAAUUGAAAAUUUAGAGGUCCAAAUACAGACAUUUAUGGGUGCUUGUUUCGUAAAAAUCUUAUCUUCACAGCAUGCUCUCCAGCUGCUUCAGAGGUUUCAGAAAUUGAACAUGCCAUGUCUUCAGAAUGAAAUUUCAUAUACAAUUGGGCGUAUUCUUCAGCACUAUGUUGCCGAACUUGAAUCAAUUAAGAAGCUUUAUCAGAUACAAAAGGAUAAUCCUCCCCUGGCUCGAAACAUGCCACCAGUAGCAGGAAAGAUACUGUGGGUGAGACAACUAUUCAGGCGUAUAAGUGAACCAAUCAACUAUUUUUAUAAAAACUCAGAUAUUUUGGCAAGUGUGGAAGGAAAAGCAGUUGUUCGAUUAUAUAAUAAAAUUUCCUAUGUAUUGGUGGAGUUUGAGGUACUUUAUCACACAGCGUGGAUAAAAGAGAUUUCACAGUUAGAGUAUGCAAUGCAGGUUACCUUAUUGGUACGUCACCCUGAAACUGGAAAGCUACUGGUAAAUUUUGAUCCCAAGAUUUUAGAGAUUGUUCGAGAAACAAAAUGUAUGAUAAAAAUGGCCCUAGAGGUACCAGAGCAGGCAAAGAGGAUAGUCAAAAUUGAAGGAGAAGUAAAAGGAAACAAAUUAUGCUUGGAGAACAUUCUACACUGCUAUGAAAAUUUGUGCCAAGAGAUUCCAACCGUGUUUGUCAACUUGAUGGGACCUAAAAUGAAGAAGGUGGAAUCUGUACUGAGGCAAGGGCUUACUAUUUUAACUUGGUCUUCUCUGACAUUAAACAGCUUCUUUCAAGAUGUUGAUGAAGUUAUAAAAAUGUUUAAUCAGCUUUUGAAAAAGAUUAAUGACUUGUGUGAAAUGCAGAUUGACUUAACACUGAAAGAUAUAUCAAAUACUCUGCUUCUGAUACUACCUGAAAGUGCAACAAAAGUGGAGGAUUUACUGUCACGCAAUGAGGUAUAUACAAAGGAAUGGGCUGAAAUAUUAAACAAUAAAAGUAGACAUAUAGAAGAUGCUGUACAAGAACUCAUAUCAAUAUUUGAACAAAUUUAUGAAGUUAAACAUGUUAAAAAGCCAGCACCCAAAAAAGCUCAUUCACCAGAAGGAAAACAUGUAGCAUUUGGAGGUGGAGAAGAAGAGAGACUCUCUUCAGGGUCUUCAAUUAUGAUUAGUAGUGAAGAAACUGAAGACAGUGAAAAAGAGGAUGAGUUUAAAAAGGAAUGUAAAGAGGUAGUUGCAUAUUUUAGUCAUCAGUUGCUGGAUAGCCUGCAGAAAACUACACGAUUAUCCUUAGAUGCUCUUAAAAGAAGAGUAUUUGUUUCAAGCUCCAGCAACUUUGGACGAUUGCCUUAUUUACCUCAGACAACAGUCAAACCUGAAGAUGUUGUUACUUUUCUGAAAGCUGAAGUGCAUUUAGCCAUUCCUCAUGUGGUGAUGGUGCCCAGUUUGGAUGAUAUCCAGCAAGCCCUCAACCGUAUGAUUCAGUUGACCUUGGAUGUAAGCCGUGGUGUCGCUCACUGGGGCCAGCAUCACUUGUUAAAAUCCAACAACCAGGGGGAAAGCAAUGUUCCUGCAUCACCUAGUAUAUUAGGGAAACUACAAAAAAGAGAAGAAAAAACACAGGAGGAUCAACUUCCUAUUAGAAAGCUGAGAAACUUUUAUCCGGGUGUGGCAGAACAUAAGGAUAUAUCCAAAUUAGUUGUGCUUCUGUCCUCAGCAGUAAACUCAGUAAGGAAAGCUGCAAGUGAAGCAUUGCAAGACUUUCAAAAGUAUAAAGCCCUGUGGAUAGAAGAUAGGGACGCUAAAGUUCAGCAAUUUUUGGCCAAUAAUCCAUCUCUGACUGAGAUCCGAUCAGAAAUUCUUCAUUAUGCUACCUUUGAACAGGAAAUAGAAGAUUUAAAACCAACAGUUUCUGUUGGUCCCAUUGAACUCAAUACAGGGCCGAUGAAAUUAGCUCUUUCAAUUGAAGCAAAAGCAUGGAAAAUGUUACUAUGUCGCUAUUUAAAUGAAGAAUACAAGAAAAAAAUGCAAGACAUGAUAAGUUUUGUAACGGAGUAUCUGAAAAAAUUAUCUCGACCAAUUCGAGAUUUGGAUGAUGUCCGUUUUGCUAUGGAAGCUCUGUCCAAUAUACGUGAUAAAGAAAUAGAAAUGGAUAUGAUAAUGGGGCCCAUUGAAGAAGCCUACACAAUUUUAUAUAGAUUUGAAGUUGAAGUAACAAAGGAAGAAUCAGAAAGUGUUGAUACAUUACGUUACUCUUUUAAUAAGCUUCAGAGCAAAGCAGCUAGUGUUCAGGAUGAACUAAUUCAAGUCCAGCCCAAGUUUAAGGGUCAGCUUCUGGAGGCAGUUGAGAUUUUCCGUGAAGAUGUGUCAAAUUAUGAAGUAGCAUAUGAGACGGAAGGACCAAUGGUUCCAAAUACACCACCUCAAGAAGCUAGCAAUAGAUUACAGAUAUUUCAGGCAAACUUUGAUGAGCUCUGGAGGAAAUUUAUUACAUAUUCAUCUGGUGAGCAGCUAUUUGGAUUACCUGUCACAGACUAUGAAGUUUUGCAUAAAAACAGGAAAGAGUUGAGUUUGCUUCAAAAGUUAUAUGGUUUGUAUGAUACCGUGAUGAACAAUAUAAGUGGCUAUUAUGAAAUUCUUUGGGGAGAUGUUGACAUUGAAAAAAUCAAUGCUGAACUUUUGGAGUUUCAAAACAGGUGCCGCAAGCUACCUAAAGGGCUUAAAGACUGGCAAGCAUAUUUAGAUCUUAAAAAACGAAUAGAUGAUUUCAGUGAGUCUUGUCCACUGCUGGAAAUGAUGACCAACAAGGCUAUGAAACUAAGACACUGGAACCGGAUCUCUGAAACAACCGGGCACCCAUUUGAUGUGGAAUCUGAUUCCUUUUGCCUUCGGAAUAUCAUGGAAGCACCACUUCUCAAGCAUAAGGAUGAUAUUGAGGACAUCUGUAUAUCUGCUAUUAAAGAGAAGGAUAUUGAAGCGAAGCUGGCGCAAGUAGUGGAUAGCUGGGCAUAUCAGGUCUUGAGCUUUUCAGCAUUCAAAGGAAGAGGAGAGCUCCUUCUCAAGGGAACAGAAUCUUCUGAAAUUAUCACAAUGAUGGAGGACAGCUUAAUGAUCCUGGGUUCUCUGCUGAGUAACAGAUACAAUGCACCAUUUAAAAAAGAUAUUCAAAACUGGGUGUUUAAACUCAGCACCUCCAGUGAUAUAAUUGAAGAAUGGUUGAUUGUACAAAACCUCUGGGUUUACCUUGAAGCUGUUUUUGUAGGUGGGGAUAUCGCCAAGCAGCUGCCCCAGGAAGCAAAACGUUUUCAAAACAUUGAUAAAUCAUGGAUAAAAAUAAUGCAGCGAGCACAUGAAAAUCCCAAUGUAGUUAGCUGUUGUGUUGGAGAUGAAACUAUGGGACAACUUUUACCACAUUUACAUGAACAAUUGGAAGUAUGCCAGAAAUCACUUACAGGGUAUUUGGAAAAAAAAAGAUUGCUGUUUCCUAGAUUCUUUUUUAUUUCUGAUCCUGCCCUUUUGGAAAUUCUUGGACAGGCUAGUGAUUCUCACACUAUUCAGCCACAUCUCCCUGGUUUAUCUGACAAUAUAAAUGAAGUGGAAUUUCAUCCAAAGGAUUAUGAUCGCAUUAUGACAGUUGUAUCAAGAGAAGGAGAAAAAAUUCCUUUGGACACUCCAGUAAAUGCAAAAGGACCUGUAGAGCUUUGGCUGAUGGACCUAUUGAAAAUGCAGCAAUCUUCAUUACAUUGUGUAAUUCGGGCUGCAUUUUAUCAGAUUAGCGAUCCAGGCUAUCAACUGCUAAAUUUCCUAUAUCAUUUUCCAGCACAGGUAGGAUUGCUGGGAAUUCAGAUGCUAUGGACUCAUGAUUCAGAAGAAGCAUUAAAUAGUGCAAAAGAUGAUCGGAAAAUUAUGUCAGUGACCAAUCAGAAAUUUCUGGAUAUUCUAAAUACUCUUAUUAGCCAGACUACUCAUGACCUUACCAAGUUUGACCGAGUGAAAUUUGAAACCCUUAUCACCAUUCAUGUGCAUCAGCGUGAUAUCUUUGAUGACCUGGUUAAAAUGCAUAUAAAAUCAGUGACUGAUUUUGAAUGGUUAAAGCAGUGCAGAUUCUAUUUCAAGGAAGAUCUUGAUCAGACAUUGGUGUCUAUUACUGAUGUUGAUUUUGUUUAUCAAAAUGAAUUUCUGGGAUGCACAGAUCGUCUCGUCAUCACCCCUUUAACAGACAGAUGUUAUAUUACAUUAGCUCAAGCUUUGGGAAUGAACAUGGGAGGAGCCCCAGCAGGACCUGCAGGGACUGGUAAAACAGAAACAACCAAGGACAUGGGGAAAGCACUGGGGAAAUAUGUAGUAGUAUUUAAUUGUUCGGAUCAAAUGGAUUUCAGAGGAUUGGGACGAAUUUUCAAAGGUCUUGCACAAUCGGGCUCCUGGGGAUGUUUUGAUGAAUUUAACAGAAUUGAAUUACCCGUCUUGUCAGUAGCAGCUCAACAAAUUUACAUCAUUUUGACAGCAAGAAAAGAAAGGAAAAAGCAGUUCAUAUUUUCGGAUGGAGAUACAGUGGACUUAAACCCUGAGUUUGGAAUUUUUCUGACAAUGGUUCAUUAUGAUUUUGGGUUAAGAAAUAUCCUUUCAGUGCUGAGAACUCUUGGAUCACAGAAGAGGGCAAGACCGGAUGACAGUGAAAUGAGUACUGUUAUGAGAGGUCUAAGGGACAUGAACCUCUCUAAACUUGUAGAUGAAGAUGAGCCCUUGUUUCUUAGCCUUAUCAAUGAUCUAUUUCCUGGGCUGGUAUUGGAUAGUAAUACUUACGUUGACCUUCAAGCAGCAGUUGCAAAUCAGGUUGAGGAAGCAGGACUGGUUAAUCAUCCUCCUUGGAAUCUUAAACUUGUCCAGUUAUAUGAAACUUCCAAAGUACGCCAUGGGUUGAUGACACUUGGACCAAGUGGAUCUGGAAAAACAGCAGUUAUAACUAUAUUGAUGAGGGCAAUGACAGAAUGUGGCUAUCCUCACAGAGAAAUGCGCAUGAACCCAAAAGCUAUUACAGCUCCUCAGAUGUUUGGCAAACUGGAUACAGCAACAAAUGAUUGGACAGAUGGAAUUUUCUCCACCUUAUGGCGAAAAACCCUUAAAGCCAAGAAAGGAGAGAAUAUUUUUCUGAUUCUAGAUGGCCCUGUAGAUGCAAUUUGGAUUGAAAAUCUGAAUUCGGUGCUUGAUGAUAAUAAGACUCUCACUUUAGCAAAUGGAGAUCGGAUUCCAAUGUCUCCUACUUGCAAGUUGCUCUUUGAAGUGCACAAUAUUGAAAAUGCUUCUCCUGCUACAGUUUCCAGGAUGGGUAUGGUGUACAUCAGUUCUUCUGCCCUAACCUGGAGGCCAAUAUUGCAGGGAUGGUUGAAGACUCGUACUCCACAAGAAGCAGAUGUAUUAUUGAGUCUAUAUGACAAAGCUUUUGAGGCAGCAUAUACCUACAUGAAACUGAAUCUUUUUCCAAAAAUGGAAUUGCUAGAAUGUAACUAUAUAAUGCAGUCUAUUAAUCUUUUGGAAGGCUUGAUACCCUCUAAGGAAGAAGGUGGCAUUGUAUGUCUGGCACAUCUUCACAAGUUAUUUGUCUUUGGCAUAAUGUGGAGUUUAGGAUCCCUUCUAGAGUUGGAUAGCCGGGAGAAGUUGGAAGCUUUCCUGAGAAACCAUGAAAGCAAACUGGAGUUGCCAACGUUUGAUAAAGGGGAAUCACAUACAAUGUAUGAGUAUUUUGUCAGUGAUUGUGGUGACUGGGACCACUGGAAUAAAAAGGUUCAGGAAUAUAUUUAUCCAACUGACAGUAUUCCUGAGUAUUCUUCUAUUCUAGUUCCAAAUGUAGACAAUGUCAGAACACAAUUUUUGAUGGAUACAAUAGCAAAGCAACACAAAGCAGUAUUGCUCAUUGGUGAACAAGGAACUGCAAAGACUGUAAUGAUUAAAGGUUAUUUAAAAAAAUAUGACCCAGAAGAACAGUUAUCAAAAAGUUUAAAUUUUUCUUCAGCAACAGAACCUGGAAUGUUUCAGAGGACAAUAGAAAGUUAUGUGGACAAGCGGAUGGGCAGUACCUAUGGACCUCCAGGGGGCAGAAAAAUGACCAUAUUCAUUGAUGACAUUAACAUGCCCAUUAUAAAUGAAUGGGGAGAUCAGGUAACAAAUGAAAUAGUGCGUCAGAUGAUGGAAAUGGAAGGGAUGUAUAGUUUGGAUAAACCUGGAGACUUUACUACAAUUGUUGAUGUGCAGCUUAUAGCGGCAAUGAUUCACCCAGGAGGAGGUCGAAAUGACAUCCCACAACGCUUAAAGAGGCAGUUUACUGUAUUUAACUGUACCCUUCCAUCUAAUGCCUCCAUCGAUAAAAUAUUUGGAAUAAUUGGCAAUGGAUAUUUUCAUUCAUGUAGAAAUUUCAAGGCUGAAAUAAGUGAUAUGAUAAUGAAAUUGGUAUCCGCUGGUAGAAUAUUGUGGCAAUGGACUAAGAUAAAGAUGCUGCCUACGCCAUCCAAAUUUCAUUAUAUCUUCAACCUGCGGGAUCUUUCCAGAAUUUGGCAAGGCAUGUUAACAAUUAAAUCAGAAGAAUGUACUAGUAUUCAUACACUUCUGUCUCUAUUUAAACAUGAAUGUACCCGCGUAAUUGCUGACAGAUUUAUUACCGAAGAUGAUGAAGAAUGGUUUGACCGAAAUUUUAGUAGAGUAAUUGAAGAACAUGUGGAUCCAAAUUUAGUAUCACAAGUUACAGCUGAACCAUAUUUUGUAGAUUUUUUGCGGGAUAUGCCUGAGCCAACAGGUGAAGAACCAGAAGAUUUUGUGUUUGAAGCACCCAAAAUUUAUGAAACGGUUCCAUCUUUAGAAUUUUUAGCUGACAAAUUACAGUUCUACCAAAGACAAUAUAAUGAAAAUGUUCGAGGUGGACUGCUUGAUCUGGUGUUUUUCAAAGAUGCUAUAACACAUCUUGUUAAGAUCUCCCGAAUAAUUCGGACAGCAUGUGGAAAUGCUCUACUUGUAGGAGUUGGUGGUUCUGGGAAACAGAGUCUUUCCAGGCUUGCUUCUUUUAUAGCUGGAUACAAAAUCUUUCAGAUAACUUUAACAAGGUCCUACAAUGUGACCAAUUUAACAGAUGACUUAAAGAACUUAUAUAGAGUUGCUGGUGGUGAGGGAAAAGGAAUCACAUUUAUUUUCACAGAUAAUGAAAUAAAAGAUGAAGCAUUUCUUGAAUAUCUUAAUAAUCUUCUUUCUUCCGGAGAGGUUAGAAUUUCAAAUCACUAUAGAUGUUGCUGUUAUGCUGAUUAUUACAUUCUUAAAGAUAAAGGUUCCCCUUGCACAUAUGUGCUGCAGUGUUGA